UUAUUUCACCACUCAAGCAAUAUUCGUUUUCAAGCAAGUAUUGAGAAGAUAUAUCGAUACCUCAACCAUUUUAUUUUUGCUCGCCAAAGAUAUAGUUUUGGGAUUGAAAUUAGUUAGUAAGAAUGACCUCGUUACAUCGGCAAUAUGAAGUUAAGGUUACCAAAUAACACAUCACAUACACAGAACAGUUUGCUUACGAGUAACCGGCUCUAAAAGUUGUACAUAAAAGCAUCACACUGGCAAAGUUUGUAAUGGCCAUGCGCGAAAAAUGUUUCAAAAAGAAAAUGGAAUAACAUUACAAGUAACAUAUUCCGAAGAUUGGACUUAUGUUUGGAGAGAUUUUCAUAAUGCCGUAACGUUGAUCGUUUGUGCCCGAUCAAUGACGGAAGAGAUGCUACAGACACUGGCAGAAAUUGUUUUCGGUGCAAUCUCACUCUUUGUUAACAUUAAUGAGCUUGUAGACCUCACCUUGUUGGAUCGAAUGAAGAAGGAGGCAAGAAAUUACAUGCCUGUAGUAGAUGCUGCACUGGAAGCCUGUACAUCGCGGAUAUUAGGGUUUACCAAUUGUAUAUUGUCAACUGAGAACCAACAACUGGCCCAGCGGCUAAACGAUUUUAGUGGGCUUUGCGGUUCGCUCUUUUGUUGUCUUGUAGUUGGUAAUAGUGUCUCGGUUGGUACUGAGGGUUGGUGGGAUUUAGAUCCCAUUGAUCGGGAAUUACUACUACUUCUACUAAAUUCAUCGAGUACUUUACAAAAUGACAUACCCGUAUAUUUACCCAAAAAAGAUGCAACGCUAGCGUAUCGGUUUGUGACAAUUCCAUUAACUCCAAGUAGUAUAAUUUGUGUUAUAUGUGGAGCAGGACCAAGUUAUCGAGAUUUACGGGCCAUGACAUUGGAUGUAUUUUGUGCAGAAAAUCUCUUACAAAACGUGGAAAAAAGUAUAACACGCAAUUUACCAGAACAAGUGGAAAUUGAUCAAUGUGUCUUGGCCAUAAUUGUUGCUAAUAUGAAGGCAAGGAAAUGCAUUUUUACUCAUAAUUCCAACCAAAGCUCUGGAGGGAAAAGAGCCUUAAGUGGAGGCCUUCAACGUAUUGAUUUAAUAAAGAAACUUUUUGAUCAAACUGUACAAUAUAAUAAAAAUCUCAAUGGCGAUUGUAAAGAUGUAAAGCAGUGUUCUAAUUAUAUAGAACCAUUGGACCAAUAUUGGUGUUUGGAUUACCAUAAAUGCUAUGCUCAUUACGAUCAGAUGGGAAAUGCUAUAUUUAUUCUUUUUAUAUCUUCAAUACCAACGCCUGCGAUGAGAUUUAUUGCGCAAAAACUUUUAUACUCAAUUUUACAAGACAAGACCAUCAGUUGGUAAUUUAGUCAUCAUUUUAAUAAUAUAUAUUUCAUAGAAUAUUUCACAUUAAUAUUUGUAUAACGUAUAUAUGUGUGUGCAUGUACUAUUUAUACUAAAAUUAUUGUCUGAGAAUAUACACAUUAGCUAUAUAUUAUAAAGUAAUUACAGUUUCAUACAUGGAUUUCACAAUUUAAUUAUAUGUAAUAUUUUUGGAUAAUUUAUUGUCGGUGUUCUUUAAUUACAUAUUUAAUAUGAAUGUAAAAUUAUGAAUAUUUUUUAUAUUAAAAUACAUACACAGUAUAAUUUUUUAUAUAUAUUUAAAUUAACUAAUAAAGAAAAAAUAUUUUCUUUAUCAUAUGCCGUAUACAAGACAUAAACGAUGGGAGUAAUAUUUUUUGUACGAAAGU